UUUUAUCCUUCUCCUUUUCUAAAUCUGGUCAGCCUCAGCUAUCCCUUCGUUCCAGUGUUUCUCCACUUGCAGACAUGAUAUCCCAUCCUCUGCAGUCUAUUGCUAUACUAUACUAGAAUCACUACAGUCUCUUCUUCCUUUCUCUUGGAUAUGCACCAGUUAAUUUGAGAGAUUUGAUGAAGUCUCAAUUGGGAUUUUCUAAAUAGAAGAUUCCUACCUAUUAAUCUUUAAUCUUCAUUCCUUUUUUCUUUUGUGGUUUUCUUCAAGUGGAAAUAAAAUGCAACCAUGGCUAUGAGUUCAUUUCUUGCAUCAACUUUAUCUUCAACAAUACUCGUAGUAAUUACAUUUCUCCAUCUUCUCUCCACAACUUCUUGUUUGAAUCAUAAUCAACCUCCGGAUACAGUUCAGGGUUUGUUGGUUGAAGAAAAGACAAGAUUGGGUUCAACACCGCCAAGUUGCUACAACAAGUGCAACAAUUGUCAUCCAUGCAUGGCAGUUCAAGUUCCCACAAUGCCAAGCCAUAGCCAACUCAAGCCAAGACAAAUUACUCGAGCUACAACGACAACGGAUAGUUACAUUGAUUCAUCAUCACCCUCAUCACCAUCAUCAGUAGGUAACAGGUACUCCAAUUACAAGCCUCUUGGAUGGAAAUGCAGAUGUGGUGGCCACUUCUACAAUCCUUAGCUUCCUAAAAUCCCAUUUCAUCUUUAGUACUACUACUAGAAUGUAAUUGUUUAUUUUCAACUUUUAGCACUAGCAUGGGUAUUAUUAACUUAUGAUUUUAUAGAUUUAUAGCUUCUAUCCAUGGGAUUCUAGUAGAGACAAGACAAUCAAUUGAGGGAAGUUAGAGAUAUUUAUUGUGUACAAAUUGAAUAAUGCAGCCUUUAAUUUGUAUAGUGAUUAAUUGCAGACUAUCUG